AUGGCAGAGGUGACCCUGGCAGAGUUGCCCAUCAGAUGUCUCUGUGAGUUUUUGGGCACCUUUUUGCUGGUCUUCUCAGUGAUUUUCAGCAAGUUGACGGGGCAUCCAAUUUGGAGCGGUCUAGCCAUAGCAGCAGUGCACAUAGUCUUGCUGCAGUCGAUGGGAAAGAUGGCAUCGGGAAUUUUCAAUCCUGCCAUGUCCGUCGCACUGGGAACGGUGAGAGUUCUUGGUGGCCCUGGUCUGCACUGCUCGCAGGUUUUAGCCAUGGUGGUCGCCCAACUGCUUGGUGCCUUUACCGCAGCGCUGAUGGCAACCCUUUCGCUGGGAAAGGAGCUGCCUGUUGGAGACUACAUGGGGUACGGCCUGAAUGCAUUAGGUAUUUGUGAGUUUGUUUACACCUGCAUGAUUUGCUUCGUGGCAUUGAACGUUAUGAGCCCUAAGAGACAUGAGAAGGAGAAGCUGGAUUUCUAUGCAGUGGCCAUCGGUUUUGCGGUGCUGGCUGGUAUAUAUGGAGGCAAUAUGUGUGGUGCGGUUUUCAACCCAGCAGUGGCAUUGGCUCUGGACAUCACAAGUCCAAGCUACGGCUUCAACGGCGAUGGGACAUUCCUUAGUCUCUUCCACUUGUCGGCUGCGUACGUUGCGGCGCUGCUCUACUCCCAGGUGCGUCCACAGGAGUUUAACAAGCCAAGAAGUGAAGGCGGAUACUUUGAGCGAGGCGUCAGCGAAUGUGUCGGCUCCGUCCUGGUAGUACUAACUGCCAGUCUCAACUUCAGAAAGGGUACGAUUGUUGGUCCUUUGAGUGUUGCUGCUGCCAUGACGAGCAUGGCCUUUGCUCUGGAGGAUAUCUCAGGUGGACACUUCAAUCCGGCCAUCACUUGCGCCCACGCUCGAGCUGGCUGGUCAGGCCGAUUUUCUUGGUAUCGACACUGGCUGGCACAGAUCUGCGGAGCUGGCAUUGCUUCUUUAUUGGUUCAGCUUACCCUACUGCAGCAGCGCUCCUUCGGGCCCAAGCUGCCAUAUGAUUUGACACAGGCUCUAGUGUCUGAAGGGAUUUUCACCUUUUUGUUGUGCCUGGUCUCUUUGAGCGUGACAGUUUCCAGCAGAACCAAGGCCUCCCAGUUCUUUGGCUUAGCCAUUGGAUCGUGCAUGAUCGCGGGGGGCUAUGCAAUCAGCAGCGUAUCUGGUGGUGCAUUGAAUCCUGUGAUCGGAUUGGGCUUAGCCUUGGCGGGUGGUGGCCUGCGAAAUGCGCUCGCAUAUGCUACCAUUCAAAUUGCGUCAGCUGCUCUGGCUGCUGCCACCUUCAAGGUGCUGCACGGAGAAGCUGAGGUAAAACGAGAAAGUGAAAUUGACGCCAGGGAGGAGCUCUGA